CGCCCUACUUUCAACGGUCACACGCUUUCUAUUUGAUUUUCGUCUUGUCUCGUUUUUUUUCCAACACAAUUUUUGUUAAACAAUUUACCGUGAAUUUUGUUGUUGUGUGUGUGGUUGUGUACGUGCUAGCAACCAAAAAAGGGAAAAACGAAAAAACACAAAAGUGCUGCGAAACGAGAGAGAAAAACAACGGCAGAAAAUGCUGGCAAACAACAAAUCAUCAAGGUGAAACUGCGCGCCCUGGCAUUGAGUCUUCUUGGUGGUCGUCGGGAAAAGGGCGCUUUCCAAGCCAAAAUUGUGCAGCAACUUUAAGGCCCAGGCUCUUCAUCCGUUUGGGUGCUUAAAAUAAAGGAAAAUUCAUCAGUUUUUGGCGGCCAAUUUGCAAAUACAAAAUACUAAAUACGCUAGAUGGGUGCUGCACACACACGAGCACAGUGGCGAACGUAAAUACACAACACAAGCAGACGCAAGCAGCCAAUAUAGUCGUCUCGCUCGCUCUGCCGGCGAACGCUAGGUCUGCCAGAGGGAGAUAGAGCUCAAUUGCUCUUUCCUCUUGUACUUUAUAUAUUUUUUUUAUUGUUCUUUUUUGUUGUUUUGUACGUGUGUGUGAGUGCCAAAUGUCAUCGGAAAUUACAACACUGCUGCGAGGCGACGACGACGUCUAGGAGGAGGAAGAGGAAGACGUAGAAGAAGACGACGAAGAAGAAGAAGAAGCACCACCAGCGCAACGGCAACAUAAACAAAAACACGACGGGAAUAGAAAGAGCAACAAAUAAGCCACAGCCGAAAAGAUGUUGCCCGCCAAUAAUAAAAGUAAUACCCACACAACUACAACCACUACCAAUACCAACAGAUGCCUCAUCAAGUCGGCCAUUGAAAGAACGGUAGUUCGUUUAAAGGAAACGGCAACAGCUAGCGGUACUUUCCAGGAUACCGAUACCGAUGGACCAUGCCUGGAAUACGAUAUUAUUAACAUUUAUGCGGAUAAUAGCAGUACGACAACGGCAACGGCCACCGUUAAUCCGCGACAGCAACAGCAACAGCAGUUGUCCUCUUCUCGCCACGGCGGCAGCAACAAUAACAAUAAUAACAGUGAGUGCCAUCCAGCACUGGAUGCCAGCAGUAGUAGUGUUGUUGUUGUUGUUGCACCGGCAGCGGGAAGAGAACAGGAACUGGAAGAGGCAGUGGCAGUGGAGGUGGAAGUGGUGGUGGCAGAAGAGAGUAGCAGCAUUCCCGACCUGGAAGUGGAAGAUAUAACAGAUGAUAUGGACAUGGAUGUGGAUGUGGAAGUGCAAGGGGAACCGCCAGCCAAGCCUUUAAACCGAAAGAAACACUACCAGCCGAAUCUAUCAACAAAUCGCUUUCGGGGCGGCGGUGGAGCGGCACAAAGUCGCUUACGCCGGUCAGCUGCCAUCGUUCCAGCGCGAUCACUUCCAGAGAGCAGUUCCAGCGGCAAUUCGAAUUCCAAUGCCAGUUCCGGUGCUUCCAAUGCUUCCAAUUCCAAUUCCAAUUCCAACCCCUCGCCCUGCUCCUCCCUGGGCGUCAAUAUGCGCGUAACGGGACAAUGCAGCCAGGGCGGCCGGAAGUACAUGGAAGACCAAUUCUCGGUGGCCUACCAAGAAUCACCCAUCACCCACGAACUGGAAUAUGCAUUUUUUGGCAUAUACGAUGGACACGGCGGCCCCGAGGCGGCGCUCUUUGCCAAGGAACACCUAAUGCUCGAGAUUGUCAAGCAGAAACAGUUCUGGUCGGAUAAGGAUGAGGAUGUCCUGACGGCCAUACGCGAAGGAUACAUUGCCACACAUUUCGCCAUGUGGCGGGAACAAGAGAAAUGGCCCCGCACCGCCAAUGGUCACCUGAGCACCGCGGGCACCACCGCCACCGUGGCCUUUAUGCGUCGCGAGAAGAUCUACAUUGGUCAUGUGGGCGACUCCGGGAUCGUUUUGGGCUACCAGAACAAGGGAGAACGAAACUGGCGGGCUCGACCGCUGACCACGGACCACAAACCGGAAUCGCUGGCCGAGAAGACGCGAAUCCAGCGAGCCGGUGGCAAUGUGGCAAUCAAAUCGGGAGUUCCGCGCGUGGUGUGGAAUCGACCCAGGGAUCCAAUGCAUCGCGGUCCCAUUCGUCGCCGAACUCUGGUGGAUGAUAUACCCUUUCUGGCAGUUGCCCGUUCAUUGGGCGACCUCUGGAGCUACAAUUCCCGCUUCAAGGAGUUUGUUGUGAGUCCCGAUCCGGAUGUCAAGGUGGUCAAAAUCGAUCCCAGUACCUUUAGAUGCCUUAUCUUCGGCACCGAUGGCCUGUGGAAUGUGGUGACCGCCCAGGAGGCAGUGGACAGUGUGCGCAAGGAGCAUCUAAUCGGCGAGAUACUCAACGAACAGGACGUGAUGAAUCCCAGCAAGGCGCUGGUGGAUCAAGCCCUCAAAACCUGGGCCGCCAAAAAGAUGCGGGCGGACAAUACGUCCGUUGUGACUGUGAUACUAACACCAGCGGCCAACAAUAGUGCACCCACAACCCCAGCGCGUUCCCCAUCCGCGAUGGCACGCGAUACCGACCUUGAGGUGGAGCUCCUGCUGGAGGAGGACGAUGAGGAGCUGCCGCCGCUGGAUGCGGAGAACAAUUACCCCGACUUUCUCAUCGAGGAGGAUGAGUAUGUGCUGGAACAGCCGUACAGUGCCUUGGCCAAGCGUCAUUUGCCUCCCGAAGCCUUUUGUGAUUUCGAUUACUUUGGCUUGGGCGAGGAUGAGCCGGAGGAAGAUGAGGAAACGGUGGAGGAGGAGCAUUCAGAGGAGGAGGAGGUCAAAUCCAUUGGUAUUCUGCAGCAGAGUCUGUUUAGCCCCAGGAAAACGUGGCGCAAGUCAGCCAUUAACAACUCGUGGAAUGGUGAAACUGAGCCAGAACCCGAUCCCGAACCAGAUCGAUUGGAUAGCUCAGCAUUGAACAUGUAUUCCCACACCAGCAUAGACAAGUGCGCCAUUUAUGCCGAUAGCAUAGUCACACCAGCAAUAAGUCCAGCGGAAAGGGCCGAAAAUAGAGAGCUAUGUGAAUUGGAGCAGCAUUUGGAGAGUAGCUAUAGUUUCGCCGAAUCGUAUAAUACCCUUUUGAACGAGCAAGAAGAACAGGAGGCGCGAUCUCGCUCCGCAGCGGCUGCCGCAGCCGCAGAGGCUGAAGCGGCAGCACACCAAACCACUGUGCAUUCCGCAUCCGUUGUGGUGGACCGCAGCAUGUUUGAGAUUAUCCAGGAACAGCAACACUAUCAGCAGCAGGAGGGCUAUUCGUUGACCCAGCUGGAGACCAGGCGCGAGAGGGAGCGUCUAACCGAAUCGUGGCCACAACAGCCGGCCGAGCUCAUCGAACUGGAUGCCCUGCUGCAGCAGGAGCGUGCCGAGGAGGAGCAGGUGGCGCUGGAGCAGCAGCUGCAGCGCGAGCGGCAAAUGGAGGUGGAGGCCAUCAGUAGUUCGGGACAGCAGGAGUUUGCCUUCCCAGUGGCCGCCGCCAAUUGGAGUUCAACGUUAGCCGAAGAAGACGAAGAGGACCUAGAGUCUAGGGUAAUAGACAUAGCGAUGGAACAGGAGCAGGAACUGGAGCAGGAACAUGAACAGGAGCUGCAGGACAACGAAGUGAGCUCUACGCUGCCCGCCACACCCAUUCAGGUGGAUCCCGAGCUGCUUGUGCUCAAAAAGGAGCCGAAAAAGGUUCAGGAGAAGCUGUCCGAGGUGGAGAAACCUUUGCCCAAGCCGGAGAAAAAGCCGGCGAAGAAGCAGGAGGUCAAACAAGAUCAAGGAUUCGUUGCUGUGCUGGAAACGGUGGCCGAAAUCCACAAAGAGGAUGCCCAUACUGUGCACUAUCUAUUCGAGCAGUUGCAAAAGCUUCAGGAAUCCGAAAUCUCACCAGUGGCCUCCGCCAAUUCCUCGAUGGCUGAAGCUUUGCCGGGUGAAUCGGCGGGACUGGGUGGAUCCAUGUCGGCCCCGCGAAUCCGCCAAAUGCGACGCUACCGCAACGUGCCCAACGAGAAUCACCAGCACAUGCAGACGCGUCGUCGCCAGAUGUUCAAGCACGGCAAGCCCAAGUCCUUCAUUACCUCCAGUGCAGCGGCCAUUGUGGCCUAUGGCGAUAGCAGUGGACCAGUUGGUGGUCAAGGAGCAACCGGAUCGCCGGGUAAUCCGGCAGAGGGACGAGUGGGUGGUGGAGGAUCGGCCAGUGGCGGCAGUAAUCCAGCGGCGGCUGCAAAUCGCCGGCGCAGCGUCAAUGUGGUGGCCAGUUCGAGUGGCAAUAGCGGUGGCAAUGUGGCCAGCAGCUCCAUGAUGAUGACCCGUCGCAGUCACAGCUUGACGGCCAGCGGUGGCGUGAGCAAAAGGCAGCUGCGUAGCAGCCUUUGCAGCUUGGGACUGGGUCUGGACAUGACCAAGCGAACGCUGCGUACGAGAAAUGUUCCCGUUUCGGCGGGCGGAGGAGGAGGUGGAGGAGGUGCAGCCACACCCGUUGGCAACUCAUCGCCGGCGAGUGUAGGCAACAGUCCGGGCGUAUUCAACAGCCCCGCCAAUCCGGUCAGCACGCCCAGGGGAAAUGGUACUCCUGGUGCGGGAUCCCUGAGCGCCAGGCGACUGAAACGCAGCCACGAUGAUCGCGAGCAAAGGCGCAGCCUGCGGCGAAGCACCCUGAGUGCCAGUGCCGGCGGCAGUGGCCUGGUGGGCGGCGGAUCCUCCGCGAAUCCGAAGCCCAAUCGGCUGCAGGCCUGCAAUGGAGCCAUAUCCGCGCGUCCGCCACCCUCGCCGAAGAAACUGAAUGCAGCGGUGCCCACGCUGGCGAUUGGAACGCGUGCCUACACGGCAGCCUUGGCGGCGGCGGCGGAUCACCUCAACAAGCGUUGGUCAUUGAGGAGCAGCAGCGGCGGCGGCGGCGGCGGCAACUCCAACAACCUGAUAACAGCCAUUAGUUGCUAUAGCGCCAGGAGCAGGGCGGCGGCAGCGGGAGCAGCAGGAUCCGGAGGAUCGGCUGGAGCAGCAGGAUCGCCGGGAUCUGCGGGCGGAGCAGCACCAGGACCAUCUCUGGCCGCACCCGCUGUGGCCACGCGAAGGCGCUAGGCGAAACUA